AUGCAGCGACUCCUUUCCCUGACCUACGGCCGCUGGCGGCUAUGGCCUCUCGCCGUCUUCCUCUGCGUCUGGAUCACCGCCAUGUUCUGUCUGAUGCUGCCAUAUGAUAGCGUUCUUCGCCAGUCCAUACGCUUUAAUGCAAUGCGUGCUUUCAACAGUCUUGCAAGCCCCCCGUGGUCGCCUGAGAUGUGGAUGCCCUCCGAUGCUGCUGCAACUACCAACACCGACAACCCUCCAGUAGUAGCCAUGUCCGACAAUGUCCGUCUCGCCCAGCAUCACUCGCAGUAUCAUGUCCGGCCGUACGACAACAUCGGCCUCAUCAUCAAGAGCGGCUACGGCACUCGUCACCGCGUGCCUGCCCAGAUCAACGCCCUAGGUCUGCAACCCCACGCCGAGGAUGCGGGCAACGUUGUCGUCAUCGGCGACUUCACCGGGCAGAUCCGCUACAACAUCACAGACAACCAGAACAUAACCCUGAACAAGUUCACAAACAGCACAGCCACUGCCACAGUCGCUGUCCACAACGUCAUUGCCGCCGUGCUUGAGAGCCGCGCCGUCGGUCCGCGCAUCCGGUGUCCGCGUGCCAUCAAAUAUCGCGGCCUGUCAGCAGCGAUCCACCGCGGCAACGACGCCGAGGCCGUGAGCAUCAGCCGAGACUAUGGCUGGGAGCUGGACGCCAUGAAGUUCAUCCCCGGCCUUGAGCUCGCCUUUGAUGUCAUGCCCAAUAAGGACUGGUAUGUGAUGAUCGACGACGACACCUUUCUCGUGCCGCCGUCGCUGCACGGCUUUCUGGCCCGUCUCGACCCAGCCACGCCGCUGUACAUUGGCAAUGCCGUCGGUGACUUCCGUCUGCGCUUUGCCCAUGGCGGCUCGGCUGUCGUGCUGUCGCGUGCCGCCGUCGCCCUGCUAUUGGAUGACCGUGCUGCCGUCCACCAAUCGUAUGUCGAGUCGCUGACGGCCACGUUGGGCGACCGCCUGCUGGCCAGCACCCUGAUGCAUGUCGGCAUCUACCUGGAUGAGCGCUUCUCCCACCUCUUCAACGGUGCCCGUCCUCAUGACACUCGCAUCAGUGCCGAUCGCUUCUGUCUGCCACUGAUCUCGCUCCACGGCCUGACGGAUGAUGCUCGCAUGGUUGACACCGGCCGCCACUUUGACCAGGUCAACGCUGGUGGCAACAGUAACAACAGCAGCAACAACAACAUCCCGAGCCCCCCUUUUGCCUGGGGCGACCUCUGGCCACUGUAUGGCCGGCCCACCGUCGCCGCCCUGCGUCGCCAGCCGAUGCGUAGCGAACACGACUUUGUCGGCCGCCCGGGUGAUGACUCGUCCGCUGCCAACCUCGUGUCCACCACUGUUGCUGACGUGCCGUCGGCCGAGAUGUGUCGCGCCAUCUGCGAGAGAGGCCUCGACGACAAAGAACCGAAAGGCCCACAGUCAUCAACCCAGCAGAUCCAGGGACAAUCCCCCCCUCACAACAGCCCCGUCAACGUCGACGGCACCUGUCUCGCCUGGACCUGGGACGGCCAGGCGUUGACCUGCACGACCAGCCCCUGGUUCGUCAUCGGCGUGGACUCCCGGGACGAAGACGGACACACGCCCGUUCCGUCCACCACCUUCUCGGGCGUGCCGGCUGCCCGCCUGCAGACCCUCAUUGACCGCUGCAGCCGGCGCAGCGGCGUGGCCUGGGCCGCAACUGACUCAGGCUAUUAUGCGCUCGUUCGGUCGGACGCAAACGAUCGAUCAGCAUGA